AAAAAUACGAGCAUCAUGAUUUUUGGGUACCCUGUGUGACGGGGACUGGUCAAGAGGCGGUAAAUUCAAGAUGGCGGCUUCCAUGGACGGUGGUGUCUAUUGUCCUUCGAGACUCAGCCUUCAGUUCGAUUGGCGAGACGCCUUUAGAAAUAACGAGAAGGCCUGGGUUGCAUGUUCUAGUGUGGGUCAACCCUCUGUAUAUGGCUUUCUAAGGAGAAACGGUGAUGCACAAGUCUCUACAGAAAAAGAUUGUAUACAAGGGACUGACGGCUUUGAGGUUACUGCCCUUGACAAGAGGUCAAUAACAGUUGCCUUUCCUCACAAAAAAGUGUCUACCAAGUUCAUCAGUAGCUCAAAUGUAUUUACCACAAUUCACAAGAAAAGUAUCAAAUCGAUAGAUGUGUCUUCUGGGGGCAAUCUCUGUGUCACGGCAGCUGAUGACGAUCCAUUGACUAUCUGGAAUACAGAUAAUGGUUCUAUUCGGCACCAGUUAAGUGGUCACAUAGCGGAUGUCAACUGCUGCAGGUUCUUUCCCUCUGGUGAGGUCAUAGCUAGUGGUGGUGCUGAUUUCCAAAUCAAGAUCUGGUCGGCGAUAGAUGGUUCUUGUCCUGUGUCACUUCGUGGACAUACUGGUGGGAUUACUGAUAUCUCCUUUGUUGAGAGAGGCCGUAAUAUUGUUUCAAGCUGUAGGGAUGGCAGUGUACGUCUCUGGGAUUGUGGGACGUCUAGUUGCUUAACAACAGUUUACAAGUGUGACUGCCCAAUUAAUGCAUGCUCCGUGGGUGAGAACCAAGACCUGACAGCAGCAGAUGAUCAGAGAGAUGAAAGAGAAGUAGGAACAUCGCAUAAGCUUUUGCUGCUCGCUAGGGAUGAUGGGAUACUUGCUGGGGUGAACCUGGGGACUAGGGAGAAGCUAUUCGAGUUCCAGGCCCCCUCAGCUAUGAACUGCUGUGCGUUUUUGUCCGAGCGUGCGGUGGUUGCCGGGACGGACGAUGGGCACAUAUGGCUUCUAGAUGUCAGAAACACUAGUUUGCCGAUUGCUGUGUUUCGAAGAUCCAAGUCCCCCAUUAUUUCUGUCAUACCUAUUGGUGAACGCGGUCUUCUAGCCUCCACUGGGGACGGGUCCUGCUUCUCUUGGACCCCCCGCGGCGCCUCGAUGAGUGACGCUUGCUAUGUCACGUGGGAGCUCAUGGGACCGGACUGUGACCCAGUCUAUAAGAUCUGUCGCCAUGGCAACACUGUUUACACGGCCUGCAGAGACAAAGCUGUCAGGAAAUAUAUCUUGGAUACUCAAGAAAUGACGUCAUGAUCUGUUGCCUUGGUAACCCUGUUCUUUUACAAUCUUCCAUUUCCUGGAAAAGUGAUUCGUCAACUUCCACAUCUGCUGGUUCACCUAAGAGCAAAAGAAAAACUACCAUUAAUACAAUAUUUAACGUGGCUAAAGUGCUAUAUGAUGAUGGUUGUGUUUAUCAAGCAAAAUAGACUCUGACAAUGUCAACAUCCAUAGAUCAGGCCACCCAUCUGGAUUCAUGCAAAGCAUCAAUUACCAUUGGCUAUUAAGCAAGUUAGGGGUGGAUAAGAUAUUACUCUAGUUGGUGGGUGGGGGGGCACAUAUUACAUAAAGGAAAUUAAAAAUUGAAAAUAUAGAACAGGGAAGUAGAAACCAAAACCUUCCAUUUUGUCAACCAACAAACUGUUAUUUAUAUCUCACAAGAUAGUAGUAAGAUAAGAAAGUAAAAAAAAACAGUUCUUGAGGUUACCUUCCAGAAAAGCAGAAUCAGAGUUUACAAGAGAUGCGUCCAUUUCAAACAGUUUGCGACCUGCAAGGAUGAGAGAGCAAAAUGCAUGUUGACUCUGUCAGUCUUACAAUAUGCUGUAUGGAAAUGUGAGAAUAUCAAAGACAGUGUAAAUAGGGGGGGAUGUUGGGGGGUAUAAUUACCGCAAUACCGCACAAAGUUUUCAAAAAUAUCGCAUGCCGCAAAGAAGGACGAGGUAUUGAAGCGCAUGAACAACAUCCCUUUAACACCGCAACACCACAAUAUCUAUUUUUUUACCACCAUACCUCCGUUUAAAAAGAAAAAUCUCGCAUCUCGCAGUGUUCAUAAACACCGCAUCACCGCAUGUUUUUUUUGCUCUUUUACCGCAAUCUCGUACAGAAAAGGGCCAACCCAACGUCCCCCCUUGAAUUGGUCCAGAAUUUUCAAUAUAACCUUAAAGCGGCAUUGUCACAUGUUUACUUCCGGUCAAUGACCUAAACACAAAAAAAUAUUUUAAAAUAUUGAAAGCAGUGUGUCUAUUGGAAGUCUCUUUACAGAUGUGAUGUGAUAAUUUAGAGCGGAUGGCCUGGUAAAUAUCUCGGAUUCUAAUAGAUUCUUUUGUCUUUGAACAGUUGAGGUUUCUGUCAGACCUCAGAAAGUACUGUAAACUGGUGACAAUGCAGCUUUCUACUAAAUUAAGAUCAUUUUAAUGCUUUUAAUUUAAGUUUCCUAUGCUUGGGGACCCAGCAAUUUUUGAGGAAGUGGCUUUCAGCUGCCAAAGAGAGAACUGGAUUUUUAAUAAUGAGGAAUUAUCUAUGCUUGCCAUAACAUACCAGUUCCCAUCAACUGUACCAGUUUUCCAAGGUGCUUGAAUCUCAAGGCCCUGGGGAGGGAACCCCCUAAAAAGUAAAAUAUUGCCAUCUUAUCCCUUAGGGCACGUACACACCCAAAUGCUACUGUGCCUUCAAUUAAAAUUAUCUGAAUAUUCUA